AGAGACUCCUGGGGCGGUGAGGAGACCGCCAAGAGGGAACAAGAAGAGGGCUUCCGGCUCCUCCAUCCACGAGGCUCGGUCCUCCUCCUUUUCGACUAUACCAUAAAACCCUGUGACCACACCCCUUCCCACGUAUCUUUUCCUCUUAUCCUUUCCUUCGUCGCUAGGGUUUGCUUUAGAGCUCGCCUUGUCGCUUCGGCUUGUGGAAAACGUAGGGCCUUCUCCGGCCAUGGACGCCCAGAGAGCUCUGCUCGAUGAACUCAUGGGGGCAGCGCGAAAUCUCACGGAGGAGGAGAAGAAAGGGUACAGGGAGAUCCACUGGGACGAUAGGGAGGUGUGUGGUCCGUUCAUGGUUCGAUUCUGCCCCCACGAUCUGUUUGUGAACACGAAAAGCGAUCUUGGACCUUGCCCUAAAAUCCAUGAUCUGAAGCUCAAAGAGAGUUUUGAGAAGUCUCCUAGACAUGAUUCUUAUGUCCCCAAGUUUGAAGCAGAGCUUGCACAGUUUUGUGAGAAACUGGUGAUGGACUUGGACAGAAAAGUCAAGCGUGGUCGAGAACGGCUAGCGCAGGAGGUGGAAGUACCACCUCCUACUCCAAUCCCAGCUGAGAAAUCUGAGCAGCUCGCCGUGCUAGAAGAGAAAAUAAAAAAACUAUUAGAGCAAGUCGAGACUUUGGGUGAAUCUGGCAAGGUUGAUGAAGCUGAGGCACUCAUGAGAAAGGUAGAUAUGCUGAAUAAUGAGAAGACAGCCUUGACCCAAUCGUCAAAUGACAAAGUCAUGAUGCUUCCGCAAGAGAAGAAGAUGGCACUUUGUGAGAUUUGUGGCUCGUUUCUGGUAGCAAAUGAUGCUGCUGAGAGGACCCAGUCUCAUGUAACUGGGAAGCAGCAUGUUGGCUAUGGGUUGGUGAGAGAUUUUCUCAAUGAGUUCAAGGUUGCGAAGGAAGAGGCAAGAGAAGCAGAGAGACUGGCAAGGGAGAAGGAAGCAGAAGAACGGAGAAAACAGAGGGAGGAGUAUGAGAAAAGGGCUAGAGGGAAUGAUAGAGAGAGGUAUGCAGAGCGGGAUCGAGACCGUGAUCGCUAUCGAGAACAGAGCACUGAAAGAGAAAGGUCUCAUGAGCGGAGUGGAAGAGGGAGCAGAGAUGGUGGGAGAGGAUCAGAUUGGAGGCAUGACCGUUACAGAAGUGGGAGGGAGUGGGAAAGGGAGAGGUAUCGGGAUAGAAAUGGGGUUACGCCACGAGAUAGGACUCAUGGAAGGAGCAGAUCCCGUUCUCCUGUCAGGCAUGGGUAUAGGAGGUCAUCGAGAAGCCCAGUUCGGCCAUAUUAACUAGUAGUUUGGAUAAUUUAUUUCGAGUUCUGAGACUGAAGAGGUAGACUAUUUUGUCUCUUUCUUAGAUGCACUUCAUGUGCUUACAUUAAAUACCAUCAUUGUUAAGACUUAAGACUCUGCUGAUAUUUUAACAGCUCUGUUGAAAUCAUACCAUCUUUCUAUUAAAGCGAAACAUUUGAGGUAGGUAUAAUCGUCCUUCCAGCCUUUUCUUGCAAACUAAUGUUCUGAGUCGAGCUGUGCUGCUAUGGUUCUUCUUUGUAGAUAUGUUUGUACUCGAGCAUCAUAUUUUGGGUGUCAGCAUUUUCUUGUCUUUACUAAGAUGACAGAUCCAAAUCCAAAUCGUAACAUGAAUGAUGGGGCUUCCAUUGAAGGUGAUGAUUGUUAAUCCACAUGUUAGAAGGUAAUACAUGAUCUCCGUUUUUUUUGUUUUUUCAAAAAAGAAAUGAUUUACCGCAAUGGCUUUGAUUACUUUUAUUGAUAUUUGCGCAUGUAUCUUUUACUUUUUUUGUUUCUAGCUAGGAUAUUAUCAUAUCAUCCUUAUCCACAAUAGCCAUGCCCUCGGAAAUAGAUAUUGCAGUUAUUCAUGAAAAAUCAAUAUAGGUUGCCUGGUUAAUUAUUGUUAAUUUUUCUUGAAAAAGAAAUUUUUUAUCACCUUUGUCAUCUAUUUGCCAUCUUUAUUAACAUAUCUUAAUCUGCUCACAACUAUGAAAUUUUCAAAUUUUAAGAUAAAUGCACAAAAUUCACGGUCAGCUCCGCAAGCAUUAACUGUUUUCACCCGGGUGGCAAUAUUUCUACCUAGCUUUCCCCUUCUGUUUCCCGUAGUCACUUGAACAGGGUUUGGCUCCUGGCUGUUAGCAUGCCAGCAAAAUCAUUGUCAGGAUGAUGAUGGGCUCUGACACCAAAAGGUCUGGAUUUAUUACCAUAGCCCGUACUUAUGAACAGGGAACCUGCACCAAGAUACGGAUUCACUUAUGGGAUAGGCACAUUUUUUGUUUUGAAAAGGAGCGCCCAAGGUAUUCAUCCAAAAAUGCUAAAAAGAUGGGAGCACUAUGACAUCAUCGAAGUUCCCAAAUAGUGCAGUUUCUGUUUCUUUGUAGUAAAUGCGAAAGAAGGAUUGGUUGUUGAUAUUUUGUUGUCAACCUUGAUGGUGAAAAGGAUUCGUAUGGUGAAAUCGGGCCGUGGCGCACAGACAUGCCUCCGCCAGCAUAGCUAUUGCAUGUGCGAGCAGUUUGUUGAUUAACGAAUAAUUGCUCCUUCAGUCUCAGUUGCUGCUUAACUGUAAUCGUUAAUAAUUGUCUAAAGAUUGAUCAUCACUUGAUUAUACAAUUGUCUUUGUGAUGUGUUCUAUU